GCGGGCUGUGUCAACCUGUGGCGGUUCCGGAUCCUGAAGUUUUAGUCGUGGUGGAGGCAACAGUCGGGAGCAGGCCAGGCAGAUGUCUUUAGUCAGAGUGAACCGUUACAGUCCCCGGGGAGGAGGAAGGAAAGCACUGAAAGUAAAGAAGAAGAAAUCGUCAGUGAAGCAAGAAUGGGAUAAUACUGUGAAUGAUCUAACAGUUCAUCGGGCAACUCCUGAAGAUCUGGUACGUCGUCAUGAAAUACACAAAUCGAAGAACAGAGCAUUAGUACACUGGGAACUCCAAGAAAAAGCUUUGAAGAGAAAAUGGAAGAAGCAGAAACCAGAAAUUUCUAAUCUUGAGAAAAGGAGGUUGUCUAUCAUAAAGGAGAUUCUUUCUGAUCAAUACCAGAUGCAGGAUGUGUUGGAAAAAUCUGAUAAUUUGAUGGCUGCAGCAAAAGAUCUGUUUGUUGAUUUUCCUCGUAGACGCACAGGGUUUCCGAAUGUAACAAUGGCUCCCAAUUCCUCUCAAGGUCCCAUAGUGGUAAAUCAAGACCCUGUCACCCAGGCCAUUCUUAGUGAAUCUGUCGUGGAGCCUCAGGCUCUUAAUGAAGUAGAUGAUGGGGAAGAAGAAGAAGCUGUUAAUAGCCAGUCAGAAGAAAGUGAGAAUGAAUUAGAUAACUCUCUAAGCUCUCAGUCUAACACGAAUGCAGACAGGUUUCUCUACCAACUAAAGGAAGAUAAUUCUGAGUUAAUUACUAAACUGUGGACUGAUCUCCAGCAGAAAAUCACAACACAGCCUCAAAUAACAAGCCCUUCAGGAACUCCAGCUCCUGCCCCUCCAUCAGGGGAACAAAAUGCUGCUCUGAACACUACCAAUGCUGUCAAGAGAAUCCACACCAGGCUUCAGCCUGAAGAAUCUACUGAAUCUCUCAACUCGGCCUAUGUUGUGGGACAAGUGCUGAAUGCAAGGAAGCAAAAACAGCUGUUAAAUAAAGUGAAAAGAAAACCGGAUCUACGUGCUUCUUCCAAGCAGAAUACCGUGUUAUCAGCUAGCACAGCAUCCACAGACAUAUCAAACAGCAACAGUCCCAGCCUCGAUGUCCUCAAAGACAUGAUACAUGAAGUGGAACAUGAAAUGGAGGAAUAUGAACGGUGGACAGGACGCGAGGUCAAGGGGCUACAGAGCCGUCAGGGUCUUACCGGCUUCACCCUGUCGCUGGUGAGCUCCCUCUGUCGCCUGGUGCGGUAUCUUAGAGAGAGUGAGCUCCAGCUGCGUAAAGAAGUAGAGACAAGGCAGAAACUGGAACAAGUAUUAGGUGAUCAUCGAGAACUCAUCGAUGUUCUGACAGCUGAAAUUCUGCUUCUUAGAGAAGAAAAUACUGCUACCCAGGCGAGACUUCAGCAGUACAUGGUCACCACAGAUGAGCAACUUAUAUCGCUCACACAUGCCAUUAAGAGCUGUCCUGUGAUAAAUAACAGCAAAGAAAGCUUGGCACCAGAAAGAGAACCCAUGAGUAGAAGAAUUAUGGACAAUUCAGAGGGUCCAGUUGUAAAUGCUGAUGUCUCCAGGUCAUUGAUGUUCAAAGGGGAAGAAGUGGGUGAAUUCCCUCAGGAAGACUUGCCUGUUAAACUACCUCAGGUGCCGAACCCCCCAGAUAGUGUGAAUCUGGCCAACAAUUUUCCUGCACAUAUAUUUGAGCCAGCUGUGUUGUUAACACCACCCAGGCAGAAGAGCAGCUCAGAAUUCUCUCCUCUGCAGGAUGUAUUGAGGAGGACUGUUCAAACUCGUCCUGCUCCACGAAUUCCUCCAACUGUGGAAAUAAUUGAGAAGCAGCAAAAUUGGGAAAAGAAGACCUUACCUACUGGCACAGACAUUCAGAAUUCAAGUGAAGAGAAUCGUCUCUUCACUCAAAGGUGGAGGGUCUCUCACAUGGGAGAAGAUUCGGAGAACAAAACCCAGGCCCCUUUUGUUAGCCUGUCCCAACCCCUGUGCAAUUCCCCCGCAAACACUCAGCGAACGAGAAACCCUGCAUUCUCAGAAGAGCCCCCAGUACUGGGAGAUGGGCAGCAGCUUAGAACAAAUGAGGCGUUACUACAAAGAAAGGACAUCAUGGCACGGAUUGCUGAGUUGACACUGCAGAAUUCAGCUAUCAAGGCACAUCUGAAUAAUACUAUUGGUCCAGGGGGAGAGCAAGGGGAUGGGCUUCGGGAGCUCAACAAACAGGAGACAAGUCAUACCGGUGACAUGACUGCUACUUUUCCAGCAGCACAACCUCUAACACCAAGUAGCAUGGAGGAACGGAUUGCAGAAUUGAACCGGCAGAGUAUGGAGGCUCGUGGAAAACUCUUGCAGUUAAUAGAGCAGCAGAAACUUGUUGGCUUGAAUCCUUCCUCUCCACCAGUGUCACCUAUUCAGUCACCUCUCAGAGCUUGGACUGGCUGGUCACAGAUUCAUGACUUAAAAGAAGGAGGAAAGAGGACAAUUGAAGUAUCUAUUCCAGGAGCAGAAGCCCCAGAAAGCUCAAAAUGCAGUACUGUCUCUCCUACUAGUGGGAUAAAUACGAGAAGAUCUUCAGGGGCUACUAGUAAUUCUUGUUCUCCAUUAAAUGCCACCUCAGGAAGUGGGCAAUUCACACCUGUUAAUCCAAGAGCAAAGAUUGAGAAACAAAAUGAAGAAGGUUGGUUUGCUCUUUCUACCCAUGUGUCAUAAGUGAAGUCGAGUUUUACAGUUUUUCCUCAGUGAUAUAUUCUUUUUGAGCUUCCACGCCCCUUCCCCUGCUCCUCCUCUCAAGUUUUCAACGUCUUUCUUUCAGAUAAAACCUGAAAAGAUCUUGUGACUUAGUACUAAAAGAAUGAAAAAUAAAGCAAUUAUUUUAUUUUUGAUUUUUUCAAAUAGAUUUCCAAUAAACAACCUACACCCUCUUCUGAAUAAAAUUUUGGCUCUAGGGACAUUAAAGUUUUAGAAUCUAAUAAUUUUAUAAGUAUUUCAAGGUUUCUUUUGAGUAAUACAGUAUUACCUUUAUCAUCGUUUUUCUUUGUCUAGUAUAUCUCAUCUGUUGCUCUAUUUUAUUUUUUUCUGAAGAACAAAGUUGCUUUGCAUAUGGCUUAACAAUAAAAUACCUCUGUGUGAUUAAAGUCGGGCUUUCAAAAAAUUGAACACCCCCUUUAGUUUCUUAUUUUGGGGCAAGUCAUUGUAGUCCAUUGUUUUUUCCAUCAAAUGGAAUAUCCAGCUUUAAAAAGUAAGCGUGGGAGUGUUUGUUUAUAUUUGCUUUAGCAGGUAAGAGUGAUUGUAUAUAUUGUAAAAUUCUUACAUACCUUAGUCUUUAAAUGUGAAAAUGUCCGUAGUAAUGGUAAUGUACAGCAAAUAAAGAAUGAUCAUUGAGCUCAAA